ACACAGUAGGUGAUGCAUACAGCAACAUCUCAUCUCUGUUAUCAGUUACACGUUACUCGCUUAGUUAAUUAGACUAAGAUAGUAAAUAUCAGUUGGUACGAGACACGGUAACUGAUAAGGAACGCGUUCAAAAUGAUUAGUUUUCAGGUGAUACCAGUACCGAUGAAUCUCUAUGAAAUCUCCAAAAAAUGAGACGAAGAAACUUUAAAUAUUUAUUGUGUGCGUGUGUGAUGGUGUGCAUAUACUAUUUUUUUGGUGUUAGUGACUAUAUACAUUCUAAAAGCUUCGACGAUAAUUUCGAUUACCCUCUUAAUAUAAAUAUCAAAAGCAUCGUGGACGAUGUGCUAUCAGGCAAAAAGGUUACAGUGACCCCUAUCAAUUAUUACCCGUACAGGUUUCUAACAAACUCGGGAAAAUGUUCUACCACAAACAAGUUAGACCUGUUUAUCGUGGUAAAAUCAGCGAUGGACCAUUUCGGUCACAGAGACGCCAUAAGGCAAACAUACGGCCAAGAGAAUGUGCCAGGACGCACUGUAAAGACCUUAUUCUUCUUAGGAAUAGACGGCAAACAGAAGUCAGCGCUACAGAAACAAAUAGACAAAGAAAUGGCCGACUUCAAAGAUAUAAUACAGAUGGACUUUAUCGACAACUACUACAACAACACGAUAAAGACUAUGAUGUCGUUCCGCUGGGUGUACGAGCACUGUCCCACUGCUGACUACUACUUGUUCACCGACGACGACAUGUACAUCUCUGUGCACAACCUGCUGGUGUACAUACACGACCGCGAGGCGACACGCAAGCCGGAACCAGCGGGCCUUACGACGAACUACAAGUCCAUCACUGACACUGCGGAGACGGACAGCGACUUCCUCUACACUGGUUACGUCUUCAAUUCAGCUCCACAGAGGUUCAGGUCGAGCAAGUGGAGGGUGUCUCUUGUAGAAUACCAGUGGGACAGGUGGCCCGCCUACGUCACAGCCGGCGCUUACGUCCUGUCUAAUAAAACGUUAAAGGUAAUGUACAUAGCUAGCCUUUUUGUCAAACAUUUCCGGUUCGAUGAUAUAUAUUUAGGUAUAGUGGCUAAAAAGGUCGGUAUUGUACCGAAGCAUUGUCCGGAUUUCUAUUUCUAUAAGAAGAAAUUUAGUACGGAAGGUUACAAGGACGUUAUAGCGUCUCAUGGUUACGAAGACCAUGCAGAACUAAUCAGGGUGUGGUGCGAGAUGAAUAGUCUUUAAUGUAACUAUGUAGGUGAGACAAUAUUGAUAUUUUUACAAGUAUUUUACGUUGAAGCACGAAGGCAACUCUUCUUCUUCCUCCUGCCCUGUUCACAGGGCAGGAGAACAUGUGAUAUUUAAAAAACUUAGAAAUAUGAUAUUUCAAUGGAGCGUUCAGCACCUCUUAUGAUUCUCCAUCCAAGUCCAAGUAGUGUUAACAAUCUUUAUGGUACUUCAUGAUAUUAUUUAUAACCUGACGAGGGUACAUAUUAUUUAGGACGUAAUAAAGUACAGAAUGAAAUGUUUUUUUGUUGUUAUCGUAUUUUGAAUAAGUACAAUUAAGGCGGUAUUCUAGCAUGAUACAAACCGACCUUAGUAAAAUCUUCAAUAAUAUUUUCGACAUAUAACUAACAUUAGAUUUUGAUACAUCUGUUGAUCUUUAGCAGAACACAAUUAUCUGAAAUGAUUCUCAUACACUUAUUUAUCCAUUAAACAGUGCUGAUCACUGGAAGACUGACCACGAUCUUGAAACGUAUUGCUUGCUUCUCUAUAAAUUAGAAGUUUAAGCAUUUAUCAAUUGAUGUUUAAAAUUAAAAUCUUUAACCGCACUCGAAUGAAGAAUCUUUUGUGUCAUUUUUAUUUUAAAUAGUCUUUAUUUAUUAUAUCUCUGAUCUUUACCAUACGAAUAUUCAUUACUCUUAGUUUAAAUAUGCUUAGAUUAGUUAGUUAAUAGCAUUGAAUGUGCAAAUAUAUUGAUAUUAUUUUUACAAGUCCUAGAAUAGCGUUGAUCGCAUCUCAUUAUACCGUUAUCUAGCUUAGUAAUUGGAAAAUAAUCUCUAGGAAAAAGAAAAUGUAUUGACGUAUUGAAAUACGUCCAUACUUUCCUAAACAUUGUACUUAGUUUCGUUAUGUGAAUCUCUAGGUUAAGAAUUCAAAAUUCAUAUGUACCGAUAGUAGCUAAAGUCAUGAGUCCAAACGACUCCAUUUAAGUGUCAAGUCUCGUUAUAUUUUUUUUGGUUACUCUCAAAACUAAUGUUGAAGUCUAACGGCAAGAACUAAAGUUAUAAAGAAUUAUUUUCUCAUUAAAAUAAAAACAUAUUGUUUUAUGUGUACUGGAAUUAAAUAACGGAUAUGUAGAUAGGUACGUAUAAAAAAAAUGUAUCGUUCUGACUCUGACAUCUGUUUCACCCAUAUUUCAGGAUUCUUGUAUGGAUUUUAUCACAUUUUUCUUAUAUUUGAGAGUUAAAAGAAACUUGUCAAGCUUUGUACUUACUUUAGGCUAAGUUAAGCAAUUAUGUUAGCUUUGCUUGUUUAGAAUAUACUUUAGUUGUACAUAUUAUGCCCGGUACCUAUAAAUAUUAAUUUCUGGCGUUUAUUAUUUAAAGCUUGUGUCAAAAAACUACAAUUUUUAUAGGCACCGGGUGUUAGUAAGGCCACUUAGUGGUGAGCAAUUUUGUGUGGCACUUGUGAACGUCAGAUAGAACUAUUUCUACAUACUGAGCUAAACUGCAUACAUGUCUUUUUGACGUUUGCAAGUAUCUUAUAUGUUAGAUCAAGCAAUAUUAGUUCUAUACGAGUGCACGUAUAUCAACUCAGUAGUUCCUUCUUAUACUUGGUAAAAGUCACAACAAUUAAAUAAGUGUUAAUUGAUGUUAGCGCUCACAAAAUCUCAAUAAUUUUAGUUUUGUUCUCAAAAAAUGUUUUAGGUAUUAUGCUUAAAAAUUAUCUGAUAUCGCUCGAAACACCAUUUUUUCAAUAAACAUA